AUGGAUGAUUUGAACGCAUCACGCCUGUCAUCAACCAGCACCCCCUCACGCACUGAACUCACCAACCAGCUCUCUGCGAAACUCGAUGCACAGCGCAACGAAGACGUCGAACAUGAACUGCAACUCGAAAACACAACAGCUCACGAUGUCCUCACCAGGGUGUUGUCUCUGACAUCGCAGGUCUCAACAAUGUCUUCGUUCGCGAUGAACAACAUGGCACAGCAGACAAAUCUCGUUGGAUUCCGAACAAUCGGCUUUGGGCAGUGCGGAAUCAUAUUCGAGAGACCGGGCCGAGGAUAUGCCGUGAAGGUUUCGAGACCAUCAUUCGAAGAGGCCUUGUGGUCAGACCUCAAAGCACACUUCGCCGUCUUCCAAGCGUUUGAACAACAGCCCGAUAUUGCGGUCAGAGUACCCCAAAUCUUCUCAUAUGUCCACAGGGACAAUUCUGAGUGGUGGGAGACGCAUUUGCCGCUUUUCCCGGAUGCCCAUGUGACAUUUCCACUUCCCGCGAUGUGUCUACUCACCGAACGGAUUUUACCGCUGCCCAAGGUAGCUCGCCAGGCGCUCAUUGACACAUAUUGUCCAGUUUCAUUCCGCGAUGUUGCAAGCUCCCAGGACACCAACCGUGAUUGUCUUGCCAGAAUUUACCUUGGUCGUCGGCGUCCUACUGGCCACCCGCCCCCGGCAAACUUCACGUUACGAAACUUCAACCUUUGUCUUGAUCAGAUGAUUGAGCUCGGACUUCCAGUCUAUGACUAUGCGCGAGCAAUAGCGGAGGCAUUGGCUACUAUUCACUGGUCUGCUAAUGUGGAUGCCUAUGACGUGGAAUUUGUUCUGGGGAGCGAAGCUGAGACAGGCUACACUCAUGAUAUCUCGCGCUCGCUAGGUCUGACUCGGAAGAUCCUAGCGGCAAUGCCAUCACAAACAGAUCUGGAAUCCAAAAUAUCUGUCAACUUCAAGCGUUGCGUGACCCGCAUCUGGGUGCUUGACUUCAAUUUAUGUACUACGUGGGAAGACCGUAUUGGCUGGGAGUAUCCAGAGCAGUUGGUUUCUCAGCUUGUUUCAGCUUUUUUUGAGAAUGAUCCAUACUAUCCACGACCACUGUCGGAGUCUGAAGUGGAGAAAAAGCUUUGGGGUCAAUUCAGCUCUGCAUAUCUGCAUACGGCUACCGGAAUCUUGUCUACAAAAGACUCGAGAUUCUCUGCGCUACCGCAGAAAUUCAUUGAUGGAUGUGUAUUGAGGCAGAGGGAGAUGCUGCAGUAG